AUGAGUAAUUCAUUUGCUGAACAAUUAUCAAAUGUGAAACUAAAACCAAGCAAAGACAAAACAAAAGAUUUUAGUGAUCCAAAACUCGCAGGUUUCAUCACUAAAGAUCAAAUAAGUACAUAUCAAAAAACUGCUUUAGAAACUAAUAUGGAAGAAUGGCAAAUGUUACUUGUUAAUGAAACAUUUCCUACUGUUUAUUGUCCAAUAACAUAUUCCGAUGCUCAACAUUUCAUACGAAUAUUUGAACGACAUUUUCAAAAAUUACAUGAACAUCAACUAUUUGAUCAAAUACGAGAACGAAUGGAUAUUUGGUUUAAUGAUGAUCUAGAAGAAAAACAAUGGUAUGAACAAAUAAAAGAACGUCUUCAAAAAACGAUUGAUCAAGCAUAUCCGAAUACGAAAGAACUCUUUGCUAAAACAUCAUCACGUAGUGCAAAAGAUGCUUGUGUAUUUAAACGAAACUUUCUUGAAGUAUAUAAAAAUGAAUUAUCUAAAUUUCCAGAUCCAUCACAAGAAAAUUCUCGUAUUAUAGCACUUCUUACAGCUGCUUUUUUAUCCUUAUGUGUUACAUCUGCUACUGAAGUUCUUUCAAUGUUUAUUAUUAGUGAACGUAUCUAUCAAGAUAUGUUAUUAGCUACAGAAGCACAAGAUAGUUCCGAUUCCUUAUUUAAAGAAAAUAUAAUUCUACGUCCAUUUAUUCCAAUUGAUGUUGAUAUGGAAUUUCGUGGUUUCGUAUAUCAACAACGUUUAACUUGUCUAUCACAAUAUAAUUAUCUAAUUUAUUCUCAACGUUUAUGUCAAUGGAAAGAUAAUAUUCUUGAAAAAAUUAUUUCUUUUUUUAAUCAAUCUGUGAAAACUAAAUUAGAUAAAUAUAAAUCACAUGAUUAUGUGAUUGAUUUUGCAUUGGCGAAAGGUGGUAAGUUAAUAUUUUGGCAACAUGAACGAAAUUUAUUAGAAGGACGAUCAAAUGAAAAUCAAGAUAAACCUCUUUUUCGUAUAACUGAAAAAGUACGUCAAGGAUCUUGGUCUAUGUUACCAAUUUCAAUUCGACAAUGGAUUAAAAAUGAGAAUAAUUAA